ACCAUAAAGGCAACUGGAGUGUGUUGGGAUGUGGAGGAGGCGUGGUCUCAGUAUGCAAAAAAGUACCACGCCUCCAGGCGUCUUUCCCCCGUGAGCGGUGACGUCACGCUAGCGGCCCCGUGUUGGUUCCAGCUGACAGGCAGGGAGAGCGCGCGACGAAAAUAGAGAUGUGCGCGUGAAGGAGGGAGAGAGGGAGGGAGAAAAAACUGCAGGUUGCUCCGCUCCAACUCCUCCUCAGUUCCCCCCUCCUUCUUCUCCUUCUCCCGGGAAGUUAUGUCAAGGCCCCUCACGCAGCUCCUGCCGCCGGAUCUCCCCACCGGGGCCACCAGCCCGCACUUUGGGGCCACCAACUCCACCGGAAGUGGCCCCCAAGGUGGACAGCUGACCUCCAUGACCAACCUCAAGUCUCUGCUGCAGCUGCCAAUCAAGGCCGACCAGAGGAGCCCCAAGGAUUGCUGUGAGAUGAAGG